AUGGCUGCUCUCAAGCCUGUUUAUAAUCUGCCCGAUGAUGCAGUUUGGUUUAUUACCGGCUGUUCUUCUGGCAUGGGUCAAGCUCUGGCACAAAUCGUUGCUUCACACCCAACCCAGCGCUUAGUGGCCACAGCACGCAAUGUGUCCAGAUUGAGCGGCAUUGUCCCUACAAAUGACUCUCGAGUCCUUUUGACAGCUCUGGAUGUCAACAGCGCCGAAUCUAUCAAGGCCGCGUUCGACUCCGCGGUCGCUACCUUCGGCCGCAUCGACGUUGUUGUCAACAAUGCAGGCUAUGGUCUGAUGGGUGAUACCGAGUCAUUCGUGACGAACGCUGAAGAUAUGGACAAGGCUCGCAAGAUCGUCGAUACGAAUUUCUGGGGCACCGCCCAGGUGUCCGCCCACGCCGUGCGCGUCUUCCGUGAUGAGAACCCCAAGAGCGGCCAGGUUGGCGGCGUGGUGCUGAACGUCACAUCCAUCGGUGGUUUCGCUGGGUUCCCCGGCAGCGCGUUUUACCACGCCUCCAAGUUUGCAGUGGAAGGUUACACCGAGUCUCUGAGCAAGGAAAUGCGCCCUGAGUGGAAUAUCCACUUUUGCAUCGUCGAGCCCGGUGGCACAAAGACCAACUUCGCUGGCGACAACAUGUCAUGGCUCUCUUCUCACCCGGCUUACACGGCACCUGACACUCCUACCAGGCUGCUGGAAGGUUACGUCAAGAGCCCAGACAUGCAGGCAACCUGGGCGCCUAGUGAGCAUGUCGCCGCUGCCAUGUAUGAGGUUGUCGCUCGGAAGCAGGCCAUUCCGCUCCGGCUUCCCACUGGCGCACCAGCUUGGUCGGUGAUCAAGGACAAGUGCGAGGAAGUGGACAAGGCACUGCUUGAGAUCAAGGAUCUGAGUUUCGCGGUUGACGAUGGCUUGGUCAACAAAAGUGGCGAAUUCCUGAAUAAGACUUUCUAA